AUGGGGGCAUGCUUAAUCAGGCGCCCACGACCCCGACGGGUCCCAAGAUAUCGGAGGAACCACCUGGCCCGGGACCCUGACAGGAGAAGAUGGAGUGCCUGCAGAAACGCAGCAAUGAAGACCCACCGAGCCAGGGCUCUGAAGGCAUCACAAGCUUACCUGAGGAGGAAAACCCCAGAUCACAUGGCUGCUGAGCAACAUGCCCUUCGGGAGAAGUGGAGAGAGGACCCCAUACACAGAAGACCACACACAGCACCCCGGCACAUACCCCGGCUGGGACGGCAGGACAACAAUGAGACCGCAACGAACCCAAGCAGCUCCCGGUAUCUCCACAUCAUGCCAGACUGUUUCCUACACCCUGAAGGCAUUGGUUAG